UUUUUUUUUUUUGUUGAUAACGGUGCUAAGUUUGUAGCCUGUAAGUUCAAAUAAAGAUGUCUGUACUGAGGGCAAUCGCCGUGUUCCUAUGCGGGUUCCUGUCUCUCAGGAUAUGCAGGGCGCAGAUUGUCUUCCCUGGUACAUGUCCUGAUGUUGAAGCGAUGAAAAACUUUGACCCUGCGCGAUAUUUGGGUAGGUGGUACGAGGCAGAAAAAUAUUUUGCGUUCUUCGAGCUCGGUGGACGAUGCAUCACAGCUGACUACGGACAGAAAGAUGAUUUGAUUACUGUCACGAAUAAACAAAUCAAUAACAUAACUGGAUCUGUCAAUGAAAUAAAUGGAUACGCGACUAUAGAAAGCGGGGAAGCAGAGGAAGCGAAGCUCUCUGUGUACUUCCCAAAGCUGCCGAUCAACAUCGCGGCGCCCUACUGGGUUGUGGACACCGACUACGAUAGCUAUUCCGUCGUGUGGAGCUGCUUCGAAUUCGGAACACUAUUUAACACACGAAAUGCCUGGAUAUUAACGAGGCAACGAAAUCCGCCAAAAUCAGUACUAAAGGCGGCGUAUAAAGUUACUAAAGACAACAACAUCGAUCAGUCUUAUUUCACGAAAACCGAUCAGACAAACUGUACGGUUAUUGAAGAGGAAGAUUGAACUUUAGCAAGUAAAUUAUCUAUAUUUCCAUUUCUAUGGCAUUAGUACCUGACCGAAGUUUCUUGGCUUCAAAAGGUACUAGCAUUUAUUUUGGCUUCAACGAAUGUUUCCGUUGAUUUCAACUUUUAUAAAAAAAAUGGUCUCUCAUAAAACCAUGGCGUCAUCGCUUUCAUUUUUGUUAAAAGAACAGAGGGAACAAUAUAUUUU